GGUUUUGUUCUUGAGAGCUAUAUGAAUUGAAGAAAUGGAGGGUUCAGAAUCAGAGGGCAAUAGAAAUGGAGCUCCGGCAGUUUACUGUGUCACCGGAGCCACCGGUUAUAUCGGAUCUUGGUUGGUGAAGACUCUUCUUGAAAGAGGCCACACGGUUCAUGCCACAGUACGCGAUCCUGCCAAGUGUUUGCACCUAUUACCAUUAUGGGCCGGCAGUGACCGGUUGAGAUUACUCCGAGCUGAUUUGGAAGAAGAAGGAAGCUUCGAUGAGGCUGUUAAGGGCUGUGAUGGCGUUUUUCAUGUUGCAGCAUCCAUGCAAUUCAGUGUUCCUGCGGCAGAGAACAGUGAGGGUUAUGUUCAAUUGAAUAUCAUCGACCCUGCAAUCAAAGGAACCUUGGACCUCCUCAAAUCCUGUCUGAAAUCGGGUACCGUGAAUAGAGUUGUGCUAACCUCUUCCAUUAGUACUAUGACUGCCAAAGAUAGCAGUGGCAAUCCAAUCUCUGUAGUUGAUGAAUCUUGCAAAACUCCAGUUGAUCGCGUCUCGGAUGCAAAAGCAAGUGGAUGGGUUUAUGCUCUUUCAAAGAUCCUUACGGAGGAAGCAGCAUUUAGAUUUGCAAGUGAAAAUGGGAUCAAUCUUGUUGCAGUAAUUACAAGUACUGUUGGAGGACCAUUUCUCACUUCCAAUGUUCCAUUAAGCAUUCGAGUUCUUUUGUCACCAUUAACAGGUGACUCUGAGCUCUAUGGGAUCUUAUCUGCUGUAAAUGCAAGAAUGGGAUCAAUUGCUUUAGUUCACAUUGAGGACAUAUGUGAUGCCCACAUUUUUUUGAUGGAGCAUGAUGAAGCAGAAGGUAGAUAUAUAUGUGCUGCCCAAAGUUGUCCAAUGUCUAAGUUGGUUCUUUAUCUAGCUCAGGCAUUUCCUUCCUCAGAUUCAAAGAGCAUUGUGGUGGAGGAAGAACAGAAUAAUCCAGUACCCUCUGAGUUAUCUUCAAAGAAGCUAGGAGAUUUAGGUUUCAAUUACAAGCAUGGAAUAGAAGAUAUUAUUAACCAGUCAGUUUCUUCUUGUCUGGGUUUUGGCCUUCUACCUCGUACGGCAAAAUAACUCUUCAUCAGAAUUAUUUGAACGGAACGUAUAUGACUAUCUUUUUCCUGGUAAGUUUCAAACCUAUAUAUACAGUAUGUCAUCAUCAAUGAAGAGACGAUUUUCAGUGCUCGGAAGCCAUGUGGUUAUAUGCUAUAUCUACAAUCUACAAUAUAGUGCAACAUCCUGUUUUUAAGUUACGAUUUUAGUGUCAGAAGCAAAUUAUU